UUUAGCUGCUGGUUGCAGAUCUGGCUGGAAAGAAAAUAUUCAGCUCCCCUUUCAAGCAAUGGAGGAUAUAUAUGCUAAUGUUCAACCUGUCAAACUUAUUCCCCAAAUUUCUGCACGAAAUUACCGAGGUUCAAGCAGCUCUGAGAAGAGGCUCUAUUUAGGUAUUAUUAUUGCUUUCGGGCUCCUUAAUGUUUCCCUCCUGGCUGGACUGGUCGUCCUUGGUGUCUACUAUCAUAAAACAGAUGAAAUGGCCGCAGGUCUCAGCGCCAGCGGCAAUCUGACUGGAUGUCAACAGGAUGGAAAUAACAAGAUGUCAUCUCUGAUUGAGGAACGAGACCUGCUGAAUGCCAACCUCACUGCAGUUACUAAAGAGCUGAUGAAGCUUCGAGAAUCAACAUGUCCUAAAGGAUGGAUAACACUCAACGUUUCCUGUUACUAUUUCUCUAACGAAGCCGGUUCCUGGGAUGAAGCCAGGAGCGACUGCAUUCACAGAGGAGCAGAUCUGCUAGUGAUGAACAAUGCUGAGGAGAAGACAUUCCUUGCUGCACUCUUCAAGAAGGAAGCUUGGAUUGGUUUAAAUGAUAAAGAAACUGAGGGUUCCUGGAAAUGGGUUGAUGGAACCUCCCCGGAGUUCAAGAACUGGCAUGACUCUCAGCCUAAUAAUGGUGGGACCAGUGGAAGAUGGGGCGAGGAGGACUGUGCACAUGUCUAUAACAACGACAAAGCGUCUUGGAAUGAUUUUUCAUGUGAUGGUGCUAAACACUGGAUCUGUGAAAAAGUGCUGAAAUUGGGUGUUUGAAAAAAAAGGUCUCUAAAUAUAAUGUUUUAUAUUUUAUUCUUGAGUUUUAAGUAUUCCAUCUCUAAAAACAAAGCUUUUAUAAAGUGCUUUAGUAGUCCUGCUUCUAGAUACACUGAAUUUAAAUAUUACAAUAAACUCUAUUUUCUGCU